AUGGCGGCGCAACAACCAGUGAGAAGAAAUUGCCAAUUUUCCGGGAGUAGUUGGGGCUAUAGAUGGCACCCACAUACGGAUUAUUGCUCCAAGAGAGAGUAUGAACAAGAAUAUGUGAACAGAAAAAAAUAUCACAGCAUCAACAUACAGCUCGUGUUUGACGCCCAGUAUCGAAUAUUGGAUGUGGUGGCACAGUGGCCUGGGUCGGUCCAUGACUCCAGGAUUUGGAAUGAGUGCGGCCUCAAAGCAGACUUUGAAAGGGGUACCAUACCAGGUGGCUGUCAUCUUAUAGGUGAUAGUGGCUACCCAUGUCAACCGUGGCUGCUGACCCCAAUCCUGCAGCCAAGGGAUGCAGCAGAGGAAGCUUACAACAGAGCACACAAACGAACAAGAUGCAUAGUAGAGAGAGGGAUCGGCCAACUGAAGAGGAGGUUUCAUGUUCUACAUGGUGAAAUCAGAGUGGAUCCUAUAAAAACAAGCAAAAUUGUGAUGGUAUGUGCAGCACUACACAACUUGUGUAAAGAGAUGAACCUACAACUGCCAGAUGAUGAACAUGAUGAGUAUGAAGAUCAGCCUUUAGAAGCCAACCCCGUACAGCCUCUUCAGCUUGGCCAUCUCCAAAACGGUGUCUUAGUUAGAGAUCAUUUUAUCAACCUUCACUUCCGGCAUGAACAGUGAGUGUCAUACGCCCAGGCAGUGUACAGUGUGCCCAGUCUACUUGAACACCAAGCACGAAGACCGUCAACCAUCUUCAUUUGUUCUUUCUUCCAUUUAGCUUUCAACAACUCUCCCUUUCUUCCUUCUCCUUUUGUUGUCCAUUUUUUCUAGUAUAGUACAAUAUUUCCUCGGUCAUUCAUUUCUACUCCUUUAUCUCCUCAAUUCAUUGCUUCUUCAAC